CCAGCCUCCGGGCAUUUCGAUUAUUAGCGCGCUGUCCCGAUCCAGGCUCAGUGACGGAGAACCAGCUACGCGAGAAUCGUCGAUCGUAUAUCGAUAUAGUGUAAUCAGCUCUGUGAGAGAACCUAUCGAUAGUGAGGGUCAACACAGCGAGUCGAGAGACCCAAACGUUCCCCUUGGAGACACACACGUGCGCUGAUUGAUUAUUUACACCGGCGAAAUAUUAGCAGACACCGGGCUACCGAGAAGCACUUCUUCGCGAGCGACAAAAUGUCCGUACCCAACUUCCGCGAAUGUUGGAACGUUUGCGCCUCCAACAUCGCUCGCCGAACGCACAAUCCCAUAAGGUCGAUCGUAGAAAAUAUCAUCGUCGAGCCGAAUCCCAACAAGCCGAUGAUCGCGUUGUCUAUUGGCGAUCCUACAACUUUCGGUAAUUUAAAGCCACCGAAGGAAGUGAUCGAGGCAGUUCAAGAGAGCGUCGCUUCGCAAUUAUAUAACGGAUAUGCACCGAGCACAGGUUACCAGAAGGCACGAGAAGCCGUAGCUGAGUACAGCUCCAAUGAAUUCGUGAAAGUCGAUCCUAAGGAUGUAAUCCUGUGCAGUGGAUGUUCUUGCGCCCUCGACUUGUGUAUUACGGCUUUAGCUCGAGAAGGUCAAAACAUCCUAAUUCCACGCCCCGGUUUUUCCAUCUAUCGAACGCUGGCGGAGGGCCUUGGUAUUACGGUCAAAACGUACAAUUUACGUCCGCAGCUCGGUUGGGAGAUCGAUCUGGACGACCUGAAGGAGCAAAUCGACGAGUCGACAGCGGCGAUUAUUAUAAACAAUCCGUCAAAUCCGUGCGGCUCCGUGUUCAGCCGCGACCAUAUACUUGACAUUCUCGACAUCGCCGCUCGUUACUACGUACCCAUUAUAGCCGAUGAGAUUUACGAGCACAUGGUAUUUCCAGGACGGACUUUCCACUCGUUAGCGUCUCUAUCGACCGAAGUUCCUAUUUUGUCGUGCAGCGGACUGACUAAAAGAUUUUUAGUUCCAGGCUGGCGUAUGGGCUGGAUAAUAAUCCACGAUCGUCAGAACGUGCUGGAAGCCGAGGUUCGCAAAGGUUUAUACUGCUUGAGCCAGCGAAUAAUUGGCAGCAAUACUAUUAUUCAAGGUGCCUUGCCCACGAUACUACGGAAAACGCCACAGAAGUUUUUCGACGAUGUCAUCCGUACUCUAUACUCGCAUUCCAAAUUGGCGUACAACUGUGUAAUAAAAAUCCCGGGAUUGAAGCCGAUAAUGCCGGAUGGGGCGAUGUACAUGAUGGUCUACAUCGAUCUACCGUGCUUUCCGGAAUUUAAUUCCGAUCUGGAAUUCGUGCAACGGCUGCUAAUGGAAGAAUCCGUGUUUUGCCUGCCCGGCCAGUGUUUCGAUUAUCGCUCUUACAUGAGGCUAGUAAUCACCGUGCCAGGCGACAUGAUCGAAGAAGCAUGUCAGAGGAUUCAAGAAUUCUGCGAGAGACAUCAUUACAAAACGGCGGAGAACUCGAGGAGAAAUAAUUUCAACGAGAUUCCGUAUUAAGACAGGAUCAAAUGUACAGAAAUUAAUCUAUUGUGUUAACCCGCAUUAAACCGCUGAUUAUUUUUCGCGGGUCGGAUUUCUGGACUCUAAGCAAGAAGAAUUCUUCAGCCUCGGUUUUUGCUUAUUUGUAUAUAAAAUUUCUUUAUUUUUUCAUGAUUAUAUCUUUAAGUGUUUAACUGUGUACAUCUAUUAUUUCUGUAUUUGUUUGUAAAUGCCUGUAAUUAUGUAAUAAAAAUUUGAUACGCGUA